AUGGUGCAAGACCUAGUUUUCGGCCGAAGAAACAGGAGCAAGUCGGUCUUCAGCCCCGCGAAGGGGGCCGGCGUCACCGCGACGUGGCUUAAGGACAAGAACGCCAGGGUAGCCAUGUCCAAAGGCGGCGUCGGCGCAGGGGAAGGGCACGGCGGGCGCUACCAAUCCGUGCCGAGCCCGAGCUAUGCCGACUCCAGCGGGCAUGGCAGCGGGCACGGCAGUGGGCACGGAAGCAGACACUGGAGCGCGAGCGCACCCGCCACGGUGCCUUCAUGGACUGACGCUGGCGGAUCUCAUUCCAGCAGGACCGCCGCGAGAGCCGGGGGCGGCAGCAACGCGGACCCGGACUCGAACGCCACGACGCCCCGGAGCGGGGCGGACAGCCUGACGCCGCUGGGGGCGGCCGUCCCUCCCAGGCUCUCCUCCUCCCCGAGGGAGGAGUACCGCAGCGGCGGGGGCGGCGGCGGCGGCGGCUUCACGCCGCAGUACGGGUCGUCGGCCGCUACCACCGCCGCCGGGUCGACGACGACGGAGGAAUCCUUUCCGGUGGAGCCCGGCGGGCGCAACAACUCCGGCAGCAGCAUCGAGAACGGUAGCAAGAGCAGCCGGGGCGGCGGCGGCGGCGGCGGCGGCGGAGACCACCGCGUAAGAGGUGGCGGCGGGGGCGGCGACGGCGACGACGUGGGCCGGGGCUCGGGCUCGAUCGAUUCGCUUGCCACGGACACGGCGGCGUCUAGCCUGCACGGCUACGGCGGGGGCGGCGGCGACUGGGAUGCCUCCAAGGAGGAGGACGGCGGGGGGGGUGGGGAGCCGGGGCUGGACGGGGUGUUGGCGGCGGCGGCGGCGGCCCUGGCUGCCGCGAAGGAGGUGGCGGGGGGAGCGCGGGUGUGGACAACCCCCGCUAACACCCAGCACCACGUCUCGGAGUCUCUCCCGCCUCCCCCCCCACCGUUGUCCCUGGGAUUCGUCCUCCACCGAUGCCGGCGGCGGGUUCGAGCGGGGGGGGCCCGCGACGGGAAGUCCUCGGCUGGGAGGGGGGGGUUACGGG